AUGUUCUGCCAUGGACUUCUGUUGACUGCGGCCGCGGCUCUUCCCUUGGCUCCCUUGUCGCCAUGGCCAUCUGUCAGCGUACAGAUGGUGACCUACAACCGUGGCCCACUGCUGCUUGAGGCGAUCGAGCAAGUGGGCUACCAAGACUACCAGGGCUCACUGGAAGUGGUCAUCAUCGACGACAGCCCCAAGAGCAUGGCCGAAGAGCUGGACAAGGCGAUCGUUCAGUCACCACGUGCGCUGGCGCUGCGCUACGUCUACCUGGAGGAGCGCAUGAGCAUUGGCGCCAAGAGGAAUCUCGCUACCCGCAGUACCUCAGCCGAGGUCAUCUGCAUUUGGGAUGACGAUGAUGUCUUCACCAUGGACCGCAUCCGAAAGCAAGUGCAACACCUCCAAGGAGGUGUGAAUUGCUCGGCCAUCGAAGUGGCCUCUUUUUAUUCGGUGCCGGAUCAGGAGCUGUCGGUGCGACCUAUUGGUUUGGAACCCAUUGCGUUUGAAAACACCUUGUGCUUCAGCCGAGAUUGGUGGGAAAGUGGCAACUUUGGCUUCGGGGAGUCUUGGGAGGUGUCGGGGCAAGGUGAGGGCACCUUGGAACCUUGGUGGAGUCAGGUGGAUCCCUUGAGCGGCGCCGAGGAGCCUUUCCUCUACAUCUACCUGCCGUCCAGUGCUUCGGGCGGAACGGCCUUGAACAAGAACCGCUCACCGCCGCCAUCGGCAGCACUAGCGGCGCUCAGCAAGGCGUUGCACCCCAGCAGCGCCAGGUUUCCAGAGAAGCAUCGUGGCGCACACGUCUCCAAGGCCCUUGCUGCAGCGAGAUCUGAAGUGGAAGCACUGCUGGGAGCGCCUCAGUUGAUGGAAAUUGCGUCACCACAUGGCUGUCCCGUAGAAACGUUGGUGCGACGCAGCAGACCCAGCGCUGGAAGAGUGAAUCAGCUGGUGGCACAGUAUCCAGAGAGCUGGGAAGUGGCAACAGAUCGUCUGGAGGUGGCACAGCGCGUGUGGUCAAGAUUGGAGACUGCCAGUCUAUCUGACUUGGGCUGGCUGUUGGUGGACCGUCCUCCCUUGCGCAUUCUCGAGAACCUCUUGGAUGCGAACGAGGUCUCACAGCUCCUUUCCGCCGUUCGCCUGGACGCCUUCGGCCGCCGCGACCGCGGCGCGGUCGAAGGCGGCGGUGCGGCGGACGCGCUGCGGCGGCGUGUGGCGGACGCGCUGGGGGUGGAGGUGUCGUACCUGGAGCCGCUGCGCGCGGUGCACUACGGACGGCCGGACCAGGGCUUCGAACAGCACGUGGAUUGGAUCGCGGAUGCCUCCGAUCCCCAGCUGGAGCAGUUCGGGCAACGCGUGGCCUCUGCCCUGGUCUUCUUAUCGGAGCUGCCGGAAGGCGCCGGCGGCGAGACGGACUUCCCGGUGCUGGGCGUCACCGUGACGCCCAAAAAGGGCACCGCGUUGUUGUGGCCCAACGUGGCCUGCGACGGCCGGCCGCUGCCGGAACUG